CAUGCGUAGUAUUGGUUCGCGAACUUUGUCAAGUUCGCUUGAAUUUACGUGGACGUCUAACCCACAGCGUAAGACGUCGUGUAGGCAAGAUGAGUGAAGAUUUUGGAGGAGCCGAUGCUGGUGCAUCUAAGACCUAUCCACAGCAAUGCUCAGCUUUGCGUAAGAACGGCUUUGUGAUGAUUAAAAAUCGACCGUGUAAGAUUGUGGAAAUGUCAACUUCGAAGACCGGCAAGCAUGGUCAUGCCAAAGUUCAUUUGGUUGGAAUUGAUAUGUUCACACAGAAAAAGUACGAGGAUAUAUGUCCUUCGACUCAUAACAUGGAAGUGCCACAUGUUUCUCGCAAGGAUUUGCAGCUUAUUGAUAUUGAUAGUGGUUAUCUGUCACUCAUGGAGGAGUCUGGUGAAGUGAGAAGUGAUCUUCGUCUCCCUCAUGAUCCCGACCUUGCCAAGGAAAUACAGGAACGAUUUGAUAGAGAUGAACAGGUUCUUGUCACUGUUCUAAAGGCUGUAGAUGAUGAACAGGCUAUUGCUGUGAAGAACAUGCCAAAGUAGACUUGAUGCACUGUGCCAAGUUAUUGGUCAUGUAAAACGAUUUAUUCGAUCAUCUAGAUGCGUGAGGACAGUCUUUUGAUGUAUAAGCUGGUCCUGUUUGUUAUUUAGUGUUUGUUGAGACGAUGUUUGUCACAUA